GGGGUAUUAAGCUAAAUACAGUACCAUAGUAUCGCUAUGUUUCUGUUUGGUCUUAACUUGAGUAACAACUUGUCUUUUAACCCUGCGUGGAUACCUAAACAAGUAAGCGUCGUUUAGUUAGAAAACAAAUAAUUAAAAAAAAGAAAAGUAGCUGUACCUUGCAAGAUGCUAUGAAACGGUUGUUAAAGCCAACAUUGAAUUCUCAUAGGUUAAUUUAGAAGGCGUGGUUCUACACGCUUUAAAAAGGAGCACCUGUUUCUAACCCGUUAACUUGAGGAUUUGUUGUCAUUAAGUUGCUUCUUACGCAGAAGACAUGGACUCGACAACUCCGGGAAUAAGCGCCUUGCCAAGUGGACUCGGAGUUUUUACAACUCUGCCUGAUAUAUUUUUUAUUCCGGAACUUGUUUUCGGUGGACUGGUAUGGAUCUUGGUGGCAUCAACGAAGGUGCUUCUUGCAAACCCUCAAGGAUGGGUGAUGUUUGUGUCUGUGUUCUGCUUUGUCUUCACAUUUCUCUGGUUUCUACUCUUCAUGAUUGGAGUGAAUCAGAGCAGCCCUGUGUGGAGUUCACUUGAUGUGGCUUAUCAUGGAAUUGCAGCUUUAUUUUACCUGAGUGCUUCUGUUGCACAGUCCUCUGCUACGAUAGCGUUGCAGGAUAAUUCAUCUACUUUUAAGUCUUACCAAGAGGACAUAGCUGCAGUAGUAUUUUCCUACAUUGCCACCCUGCUCUAUGUGAUCCACGUCAUGUUUUCUGCGUUCAGAUGGAAAACUUCAUAAAUACAGGAGGGUUAUAACUAACUGUGAUGGCUCCUCCAUAACAUUGAUCUAAAUCAAAGCAAAGUCUUAUUGUGAUCCGAAUUAAAUAAAUACAUUAAGAUGCUUCCACCAGCUGUUGCAUACUGUAUAGAUUAUCUUUUGUAUUUGAAGUUGUUACAUAAAAUAUUCUGUAUGUAAAUAGAGUAGUGUGCACAGGGAUUUAAAGGGCUUUUCUGUAAACAUGAGGCAGUAAGACAACAUAUCAAAGAGGCCUGUAGCUGAAACAUUUUGGGUUGUAUUGUCAGAAGGCAACAUUUUAACAGGGGUACACAACCUUCCUCGAGAGGGGGCACUCAUUCAGUUUGCUUGGGACUGUUUCCAUGGCAGCAUUGCAAAGUAGACAACUGGCUUUAUUCCCAUGUUGUAUUUUGAUUCAAGUAUUUGUAAUUUCGAAGUGUUAAUUUAACAGUUUUAAAUGUCAAACUGAUGCAUUUGUUGUGUUCAGAAUAUGUGUGUGGUUAAAGUCAACCAAUAAAAAUGUGUUUUGUAAAAGUUUCA